AUGAAGGACCGACUGGCGCAGCUGAAGGAGAAGAGUGAUGCCGGAGGCGACGACAUUGAGGUUCCCGUGGACAACGAUGCUUUUAUGGAUGAUUUCUUUGCUCAGAUUGAAGAUAUCCGGACCAACAUUGACAAGAUUGAUGAGAGCGUCACAGAGAUAAAGAAACUGUACUCGAUCAUCUUGUCGGCCCCCACACCUGACCAGAAAACACAAGAUGACGUUGAAGCCCUCACCAAUGAGAUCAAGAAGUCAGCCAACAACGCAAGAAACAAACUUAAGGGUAUUGAGCGCCAGCUUGAGUCAAACACAGAUGAGAGGGCCUCAGCUGACCUCAGGAUACGCAAAUCGCAGCAUGCUAUCCUGGCCAAGAAGUUUGUUGAGGUGAUGACAAAAUACAACGAGGCUCAAGUUGACUUCAGAGAUAAGAGCAAAGGACGAAUUGCCCGACAGCUGGAGAUCACGGGGAAAACAACAACUGAUGAGGAACUGGAAGAGAUGCUGGAGGGAGGUAACUCAGCUGUCUUCACUGCUGGGAUCAUGGACUCUAAGAUCAACCAGCAGGCCCUGAAUGAGAUUGAGGCUCGACACAAGGACAUCAUGAGGCUGGAAAGCAGCAUCAAAGAGCUCCAUGACAUGUUUGUCGAUAUCGCUAUGCUGGUUGAGAACCAGGGUGGCAUGAUUGACAGAAUUGAGAGCAACAUGGACCAGUCAGUGGGCUUCGUAGAGAGGGCGGUAGCCGACACCAAAAAGGCAGCCAAAUAUCAGCAGGAGGCGCGCAGGAAACAAAUGAUGAUCUUCUGCUGCUGUGUGAUUUUGGUCUUGAUCCUUGGUUCAUUUCUCUACAGCUUCAUUAAAUAGAAAACCUGAAUGAGGCCUCCCACCAGCUGAGUCCACACAGGGUGAUCGGCAUUUAAAUGCAGCUCCAAUGCAUAGUCUGGAUAGUUAAAGUUAUAUCCAAAUGGAGAUUUGAAGAAUAUCUACCCUCCUGUUCUGAAAGGUCUGCUGCACACAGAUUUCCACCAGCAUUCAUGGACAGCUGUGGAAGUCAUGGAGAACCACAUGAUAUUAGGGUUAAACAGAGGAAGAUUUAAACCAAAUAUUAGAAUAUUAGAGACACUUUCAAUACAGUCCAAUACAAAGGCUCACCAAAAUAUUUACAAUUCAUAGUCUAGGAGCCAGAAAUAACCACAGCAAAUAUGGUGUCAAUCUGGCAGCUAGCCUGUCCACUUUUUACAUAUGAAAAAAAAAUGUGUUCAUUGGUAGACCAUGUGUAGCUUACUGAAAGGAAAGAUUCUUUACAUAGCUGUCAGACCUGAAUAAUUUCUUAAGGGAGCUUCAAGAGUUGUACUGCCCCAUAAACUGCUGCCUCAGAUGAUUCAAAUAACUGAAAGACACUGGUGAGUUGUCAGGAUCUGCCUUUACAAAUACAUUGAAACUGUAAAGAACCAAUGCGAUGGGAAUGUUGUCAUAGCCAAGAAACAACUGAAAAUGAUUUAUAAAUGAAUAAGAAUACAUAGCAUAGCAGUGGCUGUAAACAUUUGAUUGAAGUAAAAGUGAAAGGGGCUCAGGCAGAUCAUCCUGUAGUGUGACUGCAUGAAUACCACACUGCCCAUCAUCAUGAUGCAUAGCUGUGCAGUCAGUAUCCUAAGUAUCGACUCAGCAGUUGUUAUUCUUUGUACAACUAUCUGUGUUUUUGUACAAUUUGUGUUUGGAUGUGGAAACCAUACUACUGUGCCGAUACUUACGCUAUCGACUGCAAUUGGCUCUUCCUGCUAGGACUCCAUAGUGGGUCUUUAUGCAAACUUUCAUAUUUCAAUUUAAUGAAGGAAGAAAAUGACUUUCCUUAAAGAAAUCACAUCUACAAAUUUUUGAUGUUGAACUGAUUAAAAGAUGACUGAUAGUAAAUGAUGUAUGACCUAAGAAUAGAAGUCAGUUCUGAAGGUGUUAGAAUAGAAAAGGAAAUAAACAGCCCUCCUUUAUUUAAUUACUGACACUGCCUUGGGGGUCUUUUACUGCUUUGGGUCUUUGUUGUUUGUGUAUUUAUUUCAAAGAUGGCUUUCAUUUUUCAUAUGUAUAUGUUUUCCCCCUUCUUUUUUAAAGGACUACAGUUGUA